AUGUCAUCCUCCACGGCUGAUCCCCGUACAUCAGUCGACAACCUCAGCAUCAUAAAGGAGCAUGAGGUGGAGGUGAUCAUUGUCCCCUCACUGCUCAUCCUGGCCACCGUCGUCACCUUAAUGGCCGUGUGCUUCUUGAGGUAUUGUCCUGAACGGAAGCGGACACGGACCACCGCCCCUAAACGCAACCACAGCUCAUUGCACAGACACACACAGAGGCACAGCCACAGACAUCGCCUACAGGGCAUUGAUGCACCCCCAGGGCUAAACCCACUGGAACAUGAAGAGCUGCCAAUGUCAGUUCAACAAGUUCAGCAGAGUGUCGGGCCAACGCUGGCUGCAGUACCACAGUUGUCCACAGACAGGCAUCCUGGAGCCUUCAGCCAGGUCACAGCCCUGCCACUGUCCUUCGCUAUUAAUCCUAAUGACACAGUCAAGGUCUACAGAGCACGCAUGGACAACAGGGAUGUCAUCCUCAGAGUGCUGAAAGAAUCAGCAAACAGCAGUGAGAAGCAGCACUUUUUGGGUUUCGCUUCCUUCGUGUCAGGACUGGGUCCGCACCCCUUCCUACCUGGUCUCCUGGGUGUGGUUUCAGUGCAGUCACCCCUAAUGAUGAUUGUGGAGGAGCUGCAGCACAGAGACCUGUUGGGGUUCCUGUGGAGAUGUCGACAGGAUCACUCGGAUUUAGAGUCUCCAUUUGACAUGACCGAAAAGAGGAUCUUCACCAUGGCAGGACAAGUGGCCUCUGCUCUGGAGUACCUGCACAGUCAGAGCUGCAUCCAUGGCAACGUGGGAGCUCGCAGCGUUCUGGUUGGUGGAGAUCUGACAGCAAAGCUGUGGGGAUUGGGCUCAGCCUACCGCAGGACAGCACAGGCCAAUUCACCAGGCGAAGUCGAGGACAUAGAGCUGAAGAAGUGGCAGGCACCUGAAGUGCUAGGCAGAGGAGCCAUCAGUCAGAGCAGUGAUGUAUGGUCCUUUGGUAUCCUACUCUAUGAAAUGGUCACAUUGGGUGACCCACCGUUUGCGCAGCUCAUGGUGACUGAACUUCUGCAGUAUCUACAAAGAGGAAAGCAUCUCAAUCGGCCAGCCUCCUGCUCCAACUCAGUGUACUCCAUCAUCAAGUCCUGCUGCCACUGGAGCCCCCAACAACGUAUCUCAAUGCCGGAACUCAUUAGAAUCCUUCAGGCGAGAGAGAAAUCAGCCAAUGGGAGGACAGUUCUCCGAGUGCCUGAACCACUGGACAUCGGGAAAUACCUGAGGGAGGCGGGAUAUGGAGAGGCAUGCAACUAUGCUGUGCUUUGA